AUAGGAAUUAGGAAACCUUGCAUUUGGCAAUUUACAUUGAUGGCAGCACAUAACUUGUGUUCCUGAGACGCGAUAUAAAACAGCUAGAGUCGACCACGAUCAUUACACACACACUGUUAUAGAGCACGGAGACCUUCCUGGCCGUUUGAAGAGGAGUACUCAUACAAUUGCGGCCAAGUAGCGACCUCCAUUACUUUUCUGCUCCAUUCAGUUCUUACUUCUAUCUCUCUGUCGCGAAGAUUCAAUCCGCUUAUCAAUCAAGAUUUCUACUGGUUUCGUCGCUACUCUUCACCAUUAUCGAUCAGAAACGUAACAUCAAGGUUUUGCAAAUCAGUAUCACUUGGCUAUUUUUGGUUGUUAGUUCAAAGAUUCAACGAUCUGAUUCUGGAAUUCGGUUCAAUUAGCUACAAAGAGCGGGAGGGAGAUAUUUGAGAGCGACAGCCAUGGCGCUUUCCGCUUCCGAUUUGACUGCCAUAUACUCGUUGCUGACCAAUUCGAUGAGCGGCGAUGAAAGCGUGCGCAAGCCAGCUGAGGCGGCGCUCUCUCAGUUUGAGAGUAGGCCUGGCUUCUGCUCUUGCCUCAUGGAAGUGAUAACUGCAAAGGAUUUAGCGCCUCAGGUUGACGUUCGAUUGAUGGCCUCGGUGUACUUCAAAAACAGUAUUAAUCGUUAUUGGAGAACCAGACGCGAUUCUGUAGGAAUUAGCAACGAGGAGAAGUUACAUCUCAGGCAAAAAUUGCUGUCACACCUGAGAGAAGAAAACUACCAGAUAGCUGUGAUUUUAGCUGUGCUCAUUUCAAAAAUUGCCCGUGUGGAUUAUCCAAAAGAAUGGUACAGUCUUGCCCCAUAUUUCUCUAUUGACAUUUUCAUUGAUUGGCAAUGUCACAAGCUACAGCUCUCACAUAGUUCUCUUCCCAAGCCGGAGCUAUUUUCUUUCUUAGCACAACAGCUUCAGUCAACAGACAUUCUUGCUUCCCACAGGAUUUUUCUGAUUAUUUUCCGAACCUUAAAGGAAUUGUCCACUAAACGCUUAACUGCAGAUCAGAGGCACUUUGCUGAGAUAUCCUCCCAUUUCUUUGAUUAUAGCUGGCAUCUAUGGCAGAACGACAUACAAACCAUAUUGCAUGGUUUCUGUACGCUUGCUCAGAGCCAUAAGUCAAAUGCCUUGGAGCAGUAUCAAGAUGAACUUUAUUUAACAUGUGAGAGAUGGCUGCUGUGUUUAAAAAUAAUACGACAGUUGGUUAUUUCGGGGUUUCCAAGUGAUGCAAAAUGUGUACAGGAGGUUCAACCAGUCAAGCAGGUUUGUCCUGUGUUCUUGAAUGCCAUAAAGUCACUGCUUCCGUACUAUUCAUCCUUUCAGAAGGAACAUCCUAAAUUUUGGGACUUUGUAAAGAGGGCUUGUAUAAAGUUGACGAAGGUUCUGGUUGCAAUUCAUAUCCGACAUCCUUAUUCAUUUGGUGAUAAGUGUGUGCUUGGGCCUGUCAUGGAUUUCUGUUUGAUUACUAUAACAGAUCCUGAGCCAGUGAUAGUAUCACAUGAACAAUUCCUAAUUCAGUGUAUGGUAAUGGUGAAGCGCAUACUAGAAUGUAAGGAAUAUAAACCAAGCAUCACUGGUCGUGUGAUGGAAGAUACUCGGAUUACAGUAGAGCAGACAAAGAGAGCCAUCUCUAAUAAUGUUGGUGAUAUUCUGGCUUCCCUUUUGCCGCCUGAGAGGAUAAUACACCUUUGUAAUGUUUUGAUAAGAAGGUAUUUUGUUCUUAGAGCAAGUGAUUUGGAGGAAUGGUACCAGAACCCGGAAUCUUUUCAUCACGAACAGGAUAUGGUUCAGUGGACAGAGAAACUUAGGCCUUGUGCUGAAGCUUUAUACAUUGUGUUGUUUGAAAACAAUAGCCAACUGCUAGGUCCUAUUGUGGUCUCCAUCCUUCAAGAGGCAAUGAAUGGUUGCCCAACUUCAGCGACUGAAGUCACUCCGGGACUACUACUUAAGGAUGCAGCUUAUGGUGCUGCUGCAUAUGUUUAUUAUGAGCUCUCAAAUUACCUGAGCUUCAAAGAUUGGUUUAAUGGUGCUUUAUCCUUUGAACUCUCCAAUGAUCAUCCAAAUUUGCGCUUUAUCCAUCGGAAAGUUGCAAUGAUAUUGGGACAGUGGGUUUCUGAGGUUAAAGAUGACACAAAAAGACAAGUUUACUGUGCUUUGAUCAGAUUGCUACAGAACAAAGACCUAUCUGUCAGGUUGGCAGCUUGUCGAGCUUUGUGUUCACACAUUGAAGAUGCAAAUUUUUCAGAACAAGACUUUAGUGAUCUUCUUCCUACCACAUGGGAUUCCUGUUUCAAGUUGGUUGAGGAAGUUGAAGAGUUUGACUCAAAGGUUCAGGUACUGAAUUUGAUAUCUGUUCUUAUUGGACGUGUCAGUGAACUCAUUCCAUUUGCAAACAAGUUGGUGCAGUUCUUUCAGAAGGUCUGGGAGGAGUCUUCGGGUGAGAGCCUGCUGCAGAUUCAGCUUCUUAUUGCUCUGCGCCACUUUGUAGUUGCUCUUGGCCAUCAUUCGCCAAGUUGCUACAACGUGCUGCUGCCCGUCCUCCAGAAGGGAAUUGAUAUUAAUAGCCCAGAUGAACUCAAUCUUCUAGAAGAUAGUAUGCUGUUGUGGGAAGCCACCCUUUCUCAUGCACCUGCAAUGGUUCCUCAACUACUGGCAUUCUUUCCUUGUCUGGUGGAGAUCAUGGACAGAAGGUGUGAUCACUUGCAGGUUGCUGUCAAUAUCAUUGAGGGGUACAUUGUUUUGGGUGGAUCUGACUUUCUUAGCGUGCAUGCAUCCGCUCUUGCUAAGCUGCUUGAUCUGAUUGUUGGAAAUGUUAAUGAUAAAGGACUGCUUGCAACUCUUCCAGUGAUUGAUAUUCUAGUACAGUGUUUCCCAAUAGAAGUGCCCCCAUUGAUUAACAGUACAUUACAAAAAUUAGUUGUUAUUUGCUUAAGUGGAGGAGAUGACCGUGAUCCUUCUAAGGCAGCUGUUAAAGCAUCUUCUGCUGCUAUCCUAGCUAGGAUUUUAGUGAUGAAUACGAAUUACCUUGCACAAGUAGCAUCAGAUCCAUCGCUUUCAGUACUCCUACAGCAGGCUGGUGUCCCUAUAGAAGAAAAUAUACUUCUAUGUCUAGUUGACGUAUGGCUUGACAAGGUAGACAAUGUAUCUUCCACUCAAAGAAAGAUAUUUGGUUUGGCCCUUUCCAUCAUCCUUGCAUUAAGGGUGCCUCAAGUUCUUGAUAAACUUGAUCAGAUCCUUAGUGUAUGUACUAGUGUAAUUUUGGGUGUGAAUGAUGACUUAACUGAAGAAGAGUCGAGUGGGGAUAACAUAAGCUCCAGCAGUUUCCAUGGUGAGGGCACUAUUCCAAGUAAAGAGUUCAGACGUAGACAGAUUAAGUUUUCAGACCCUAUCAACCAGUUAUCUUUAGAGAAUUCAGUGAGAGACAACCUUCAAACAUGUGCUUCUCUUCAUGGAGAAUCUUUUAAUUCAGCUAUUGGUAGAAUGCAUCCUGCAUUAUUUGCUCAAGUGAAGCAAGCUUUGAAGAUGCCAUAGUCAUUGAAUUUACUCGUCGUAAUCUUUCUGUGUUCUCGUGCUUGGUGGCCUCCAGGCUUUCACACUUUUCCAUGCUUGAGAGGAUAUAUGGUGGCAUUGAUGUUUCUUUGAGGUGUUCUGCCAGCAGGCACCGUUUCCUCUUCUUUCCCCUUGGUUUUCACUAUCUCAGACGCGCAGCUUUUCAAGAAGUGCAGCGGCAGCCGUAGCGUCUUUAUUUUCCUCUUUCUUUAAUUGACUUUCAGCAACCUCUUGAACCAUCUCCAUGAAGGUUUUGCAAUCCGAAUUUUUUUAAAAAAAGGGCAAAAAAACCCAAGAAUGAGUUGUGAAGGCCAUACUUGUAACAUCUGUUUCCCGAUCUUUACACCUAGCAUAAAAUAGGAAAGGAACUAUCAGAUCUCAACAUUCUCUGCUGCUGGUCUGUCCUAGAACAGAACUUUUCAUAUGCUAAUGACUGGGAAUUUCAAGUUUAGCUGUUUUCUGGAGCAAAAUCUGUUAAUCAA